CUCCAGCUCUUGUGAAACACAGCAGUCUGUCCAGACCACGGAGCUGGAAGGACCUCUGCUGCUGCUGCCGCUGCAUUGACACCUUCUAGAAUAUUCGCUGGUGGACGUUUUAAACAUAUGAUGGCGGUUAGAGGACUUUGGUUGAUGUUCUACAUUAUUCUGUUAGCGCAUUACACACUCCAGCAGAGCACCACUAAGAAGAGAAGUGGCAAGAAAGACGCAAACAACGCAGCCAUUGAGGAGCUGAAGAAACAGAUAAAUGACAUUGUUCAAGAGCUGAACUUGUUGAAAGAGCAGCAGGCUCUACAGACAGUUUGUCUGAGAGGAACAAAGAUCCUGGGCAAGUGUUUCCUGUCUGAUCCGGUGAAGAAGAACUUCCAUGCUGCCAGUGAUGACUGCAUCGCCAAAGGAGGCAGUCUGAGCACUCCAGUCACAGGAGACGAGAACGACCAACUCUACAGCUACGUGCGACAGAGCAUCGGUCCCGAGGCUCAGAUCUGGUUGGGCAUCAAUGAUAUCGUGACGGAUGGCCAGUGGGUGGACCAGUCGAGUUCCAAUGUUCGCUUCAAGAACUGGGAGACGGAGAUCACCCUUCAGCCUGAUGGCGGUCGCAGCCAGAACUGUGCCGUCCUGUCCAUCACAGCCAACGGCAAGUGGUUUGAUGAGAACUGCAAGGCGGAGAAGGCGUCAGUCUGUGAGUUCAACAUCAUCUGAGAGUUGACACGAUAGGGGAAACAACAGCAUUCUUUAGCUCCCAGACAGUCUGUUCACUACUAUGGUAAUGUUAAUUUCACUAUGUCUCUGUAUAAGCUAUACUAACCGGCACAUAACACCACACAUAUAUGAAGCCUGGGCCUGUUUUAAAUCAUAUUAUAUAUAUUUAACUGGGUAAGCACCACUGGAAAAGCUUCAGCUUUUAUCUAUUCACUAUUUUAUUAUUAUAUAUAUAUUAUAUAAGUUAUCAUGAUGCUGUUUCUUUGUUUUUGUUUUUAUUUCAGUACGUCAAAUGAUUCUGUGUUAUAUAAUGACCAAUAAACAUGUUUAUUGUUUUAUAAAAA